AUGGUUAGUGCUUCUCGUAAGGAUUGGUUUGUAAAGUUGGAAGAAGCUCUAUGGGCGUACAGAACUGCAUUCAAAACAACCAUAGGGACUUCACUAUUCAAACUAGUGUAUGAAAAAUUGUGCCACCUACCUGUUGAGAUAGAACAUAAAGCUUAUUGGGAAAUUAAGAUGCUUAAUCUUGAUCUUAGUCUUGCAGGUGAAUAUAGGUUGGCACAGAUGAAUGUAUUGGAGGAGUUUAGACUGGAUGCAUAUGAAAAUGUGCGGAUUUUCAAGGAAAAGACUAAAAGGUGGCAUGAUCAUCUGAUUAAGUCAAAGGAGUUUCAUGAAAGGGACAGAGUCUUACUGUACAAUAGUAGACUCAGAUUGUUCCCCGAAAAAUUUAAGUCUAGAUGGACGGUACCGUAUGUGGUGAAACAUGUAUCACCAUAUGGGGCAACUGAGAUUCAGAACAUUGACGGAACACAGAGCUUCAAAGUGAGUGGGCACAGGCUAAAACCGUAUCUUGCUGGAGGAUUUGCUUAG